AGGGUUGACUUUUGUUUACAAGCCCGACAGCUUACAAAUGUCUCAAGGGUCUAAACACCAAAACCACUGGACUGAAGCAAAAAUACUUGAAAAAUUGUGUAAUCACAACCCGAAAGGCCAGAAGCCUGGGCCUGUUGUCCCACUAAUCUAAAUAAAUAAAAUAUCUUAUUGCCUUAUUGGUGUCACGGAUGGUGUCACAUAAAAGCAGUCAUGCUUCAGGCAAGUCAAAGCUUUAAUUCUAGACGGUGCUUAAAGUACUAUUUUUUGUUCUUGCACUGUUAACCACAAUCGCAUUCAUUUGAGAAAAUGUAGUAAAAGCACUAAUCCCAAAUAUCUGUCUGUCCAUCCGUCAGCUCCAGCUCCAGGAGUCUCAGAAGAUGGUCCAGGGGAGGAUACGGACCGGAGAGAGAGAGCUGGAGGAGUUUCAACAAAGCUUGGAGUCUCUCAAGGUGUCAGCGUCGGCUGUUCUGGAGGACAGUGAAGCUCUGUUUGCUGACAUGACUCUCCGCCUGGAGAAAACCAAGGCAGAGGUUCGAGCGAGGCUAGAAGCGAAGGAGCGAGCGGUGGUGGGGAGAGCCGAACGAGACAUAGAGGUGCUGGAGAAGGACCUGGAGGAGCUGAGGAGGAGGGACGAGGAGAUCAGCCAGCUGCUGCAGUCUGAGGACAACGCCCAUUUCUUACAGGCGGCUCCCCUGCUCUGCGUCCCGCUCACCACUGGUCGGCACUCCAGAGCCCAGAGCCUGCCCACAGAGGCCUUCAGCGGCGCCAGAAGAGCACUAUGUCACCUCCGCAGCCACAUGGAGGAGGUCUGCAGGGAGGAGGUCGACAAGAUCAGCCGCGCAGUUAACGAGAACUACGUAGCUGGUGCAGAGUGUGUAAAAGGUGGCCAAAGUGUGGAGAAUUCCAAACCUCCGCAACCAACACUAUCCGCAGGGCAACAUACCAAUAGGGCAGUGCCAGUGUCGUUCCCUCUGUCCUCCUUGUCUCUGCAACUGGCUGAUCAGAGGAUGAGGGCGGCUUUUCUCAGGUUUUCAUGUCGUCUGUCCUUGGACCCCGAUACAGCCCACCCCACACUGGUUCUCCUGGAGGGUCCCCAAGGUGCCCAUUGUGGUGAGGAGCCACAGUCCUACCCCACUCAUCCCCAGCGCUUUGAUUCAGUGGCACAAGUCCUGUGCAGGGAGGGCCAGUUUGGUGGUGCCAGCUACUGGGAGGUGGAGUGGAGGGGCGGAGGAUGGGUCGACAUCGGCGUCACCUACCGAGGCAUCGGCCGCAAAGGUGGCGGAAAGCCCUGCCUGCUGGGGCGCAACGAGAACUCCUGGCGGCUGAGGUGUACACAUGCUGGAUAUGCCGCAUGGCAUGAUAACCGUAAGACCACGGUGGCUGCCCCGCCCUGCCCCAGGAUCGGUGUGUUCCUGGAGCGCCAGAAAGGAGCGUUGUCCUUCUACAGCGUGUCAGACACGAUGCUGCUCCUGCACACUUUCCGUUGCCCGUUCUCUCAGCCACUGUACCCGGCCUUCCGUCUGGACCUGGACUCCACCCUGCUCAUCUGCCCCCAUGAAGGAGCCAAUGGAAAUCCAACCUAAGUAUGCCCCCCUCCUCAUCCAGGGUUCUUCAGUUAUCUGCUGCAGGAAAGGGCUGUUCUCUCUGAUAGUGGAUACGAGCUCUAAAAAUAUGACUGAGGAGGCUGAUUGUGCAGAACAACAUCAGGACGAAACAUCACAGUCAGGAAUCAAACACUUGUCUUUCUGUUUAGUCUCUUCUUCUGUGAGUGUAUGUGUCUUUCCUUUGAUUGUAAAAUACUCUUUUGGAUCACCGUCAGGCGGAGCUGUACAGAGAACACUGCAGCUGAAUUUUUAACACUUUGUAUUUUUCACAGUGUACAUUAUGACUCGUCGUCACAGGAGAAAGCACUGGUGUUACCAACAUGAGCUCUGGCUCAGUUCUGCACAUGUCCCAGCAAGUGUGACAAAGAGCCAUCAUGCAUAAUAUCAAUAUGCAAUAUCUUAUUAUUGUUAUUUACAUAUUUAUACCCGUGCUUUUCCAUCUGUGCCAUGUCAAACUGUCUACUGUGAAAAAGGCCCAUUCAACAGAGUCACUCAGCGAAGAAAUGAGAAUGCCGAGUCUCAGGACAGAGGGGCUCGAGAUCGUAAAGCUCCCUGAGACAGGUUUCUGAUUUGUGCUGGAUAAGUUGACUUGGCUCGACCAGAAAGGGUGUGUGUGGGUCAAUGUUUCCCACAUAUUUCUUCAGUCUGAAUCAACAAUACAAAGACACUAAUCAGUAUUUACACUGUUUUCUUUGUGCUAAAUAUAGCUGUACAUUUAUAGGAAUGAGGGGAAUUUCUUUUUCUUCCUUAUCUGACGUGAUGUGACAUGGGAAACCUCACACAGUUUUCAUAAUAAACCUGCAAAAGUGACCUCAGCUUUAAAAUUCAGACAAAUGAAAUGCCAUAUUGUAGCUUUGCAGCAAGUGAUUUUCUUUAGGUGAUGUUGGUUGUGUGUUUUUAGGCCAUCAUUUUUUGCUACGCGGGGAUGAGACCGUGUACCUGGUAUUGUAGGUUUACCUUUAGAGUCAAAGGCCGUCAGUGAAAGGAGUAGUUGGAUAUAAAAGAUGUAUGCUUAUUUGUUUUCUUACCAAAGUGAGAACAUUGAUACCACUUUCAUGUCUGUACAGUAAAUAAGUUGCCGUCGGUUAGCCUAGCUUAGCAUAAAAACUGGAAACGGGGAACUAGAAAGUUCAGAUCUGAUGCAAAAUGAAGUUACUGUUUUAACGUUGUGGUGUCAAACAGGAAUUAGUAAGCUUUAGAGGUUCUGGCAGCUGGAUAUGUUACCUUUGAGUAGAGUCAGAUUUGCUGUUUCCAGUCUGUUCGCUAAGCUAAGCUAACCGCUGCUGGCAGUGGCUUCAUAUUUACCUCACAAGAAAGCAAACAAGCCAAAACUGUCAAACUGCUCCUUUGAGGCUAUAUACACAUCAAGUCUUAAUUCUCAGUUUUCUAACAUAUCUAUCAGUAUACAGGCCUGUUCAUUAACAAUACAAACACAUCAGGGUUGAUCAAUGAGGGGAAAAUAUCUAGCUCUGAUUUUAUUGACAGCUAUUGUAAUUUGGUGUAUUUUUAAAAAAAGAAAUACCAUUAAAAGUGUCACACAAGUAGGACGACAUGAAUUGUAAAACUAUUGACACAACUGUUCAAUUCCUGGAUCAGACCUGCUGCAUAUUCUUGUGUAUCCUAAAUUACAGCAUUUUCAAUUUGCUAAUUGCAUUAUUUCAAAAUUAUUUUAAAUCAAAAAAUGGAUGCACACCAUUAUUUUCAUUGGUGGCUCCUUUAUGCUGUUUCAGGCUACAUAAACCACCACAACUUAGAAAUAAUUUGGUGUCUAAUUUAACGUUUUAGACGUUAAAUGUGGGGAUUCUUUCAACAGUUAUGCAAUGAACAGCUGAAUUCAAUCAACAUUUUGUGUGAUCACCCAUUGCCAGCGCCAGUUAUUGGUACUUUGCUAGUUCGUUGUGGAUUUUCGUCUGUUCCGGUGUCUUCUGUUUCUUUGCUGACUCUUUGACUCCAUGAUGUUGAGACCAUUGCUCUGUGAGGGCCACACCAUCUGUAGCAGGACUUCUUUGUUUUUCUUUUAGCUGAAAAUAGUUCUUUGUGACUCUGGGCUGAAUAUUUGGGGUCACUGUCAUGCUGCAGAAUGAAUUUGGGACCGAUCAGAUGCCUUUACUAACGGUACUGUGCGAUGGAUCAAAUCUAAACAUCCAAGUGCCUAAAACGUUUGCACAGUACCAUACUUACUACCAUUGCAACGCUGAGCAGGAAAAUAUCAGAUAAAUGUACUUUGCAUGCUUCCAAAUCCAAUUCUAUUGAUAUAUCCAGUCAUAUCUACUCAUAUCUAGUCCUAUCAAUACUUCAUAUCCAUUCAGUCAAGGUAGAUUUGGAAAAACGGACUUUCUGCAGUCUGUUGGAUGAGAUGGGUGUUAAAUGUUAAAUUUUAAGUGCCACCGAGUCUGCCACCUUCAACUCUUAACUCCUGUGUGUGAUUGUAGCAUGACAAGGGACAAGGAUCCACUUGGAGCAUUAAUCGUAAUGUGAUUUGAGAGUGACCUUGCCUUCCUUAUGAAUGGAUGCCAUUGUAGCCACUGCCUUUCUUGCAUUAUGUCAUCGUUAUGCUGAAGUUUUCUUUCUAAAAGGUGCUUUUCCGGAGGAUUACGAUGACCGAGCACUGUGCGAGGCCUUUAAACCAAACCAUUUAAAAAAGUGGAAAUGUAUCAGAAAUAUCAACUCCAAAGACACAACAAAGUCACACAGGUACAACAAAUUGUGAACAACACGUGUUAGAAACAGAGCUUCAUUAGUAACAGAAACCAUACGACGUGUACGACUGACAGAAAUCGUUUUAUGUUUUGCCAUGAAGUGCAUUUAUUUCCCAAACUGUGCGACUACAACAUGAAGUGAACUCUCUGUAAAUUAUAGUAUCCUUGUAUCAUUUUGUCCACCUGUUUACUUCCCUGUGCUUCUGUUGUUGUUCUCGUUCGCGUGACUGUAAAAUAUGUUGUAUUUGUCUGAGUGUUGCUUUUUCAGAGAUGACUUUAUUUCACACUGACUCGCAAUAAAGUGAUCCAUGGAGGUCUGAAUUGGCA